CAUAAUUCAUCUUGUUAGUAAGUAGCUAUAGGAUAGAUGUGCCCACAAAUCCUCUUGUACACUGCUAAAUAUCGCCAAUUUUCUUCAAUUCUGAAAAUUUUGAAAAAAUGAAAUUUUUUGUCAUUUUUUGAGACAUGUAAUUUUUCAAGGUUUUGGGAAGUGCAAACCUUUGAUGGACGAUUGAAGAUACAAAAAGAUUGCGCUUCCAGCUGUUUUGCUUCCGAUUUUGGACCUAUCCCUUGAGAACUUGUGGCGCCUGUUUUUUCAUGUUUUUUCAGAAUUCCUGAAAAACUUGGAUUGACCAAGGGGAGGAUGGCGGUGGUCCCAACGUAGGAGCCUAUUCUAAAACGGACAGUGAGCAUGCUUGCAGUGCCGCCUAGGUCUGGCGUGAACAAGCGCUAUCGAUUAGCAAGGGGCUCCGUAUCUUCUUGCGAUGCAGAAGUAUAGUGCCAGCCCGCGGAAAAUGACUGGGGAACCAGGCGCGGAGUUAGGGCAGCGCGUCAGCCGCGCGGAGGCUAAGCAUCUCAGCAGACGCGGCCCGCGAUCGCUAUCCGAUUCGCUUACCAGGUACUUCACGGACCUCGCGACGCAGGCCGGUGACUUUACAAAGCGGCCCCCUGCGCGGGGAGGGGCGCGCAACCUUUUGCGCGGCUUUUCAUGGCGCUAUCGCUCGCCAGAUUGUGCAUACCAGACCGCGCGGCAGCUGCGGAUCUCGGCCAAUCUGGAAUGGCGUCCCGCGCAUAGGGUGCCCGCGUCCGGGCGGCUUUUUUGGGAACGCCCAAAACUCGGCCCCGCCGUUCUUGCGCGCGACCGCCGGGUCCGGCUCGGUAAUAAAAAAGGAUACCCAGGGGCCCCGCGGCUCGCGGUGGUCCUUUCCCGCCGUCGCGGCAUUAGCGGAACGGCGGAGCCUCUGUCGGGCCGCGGCUACUCGCGAAAAUAGCCUGCGGGCUGGCAGGGUGGCACGGUUUAUCUCUGCGCCACAAUAUAAGUGCGGGCUUGGGCCGCGCGAUCUGCCACAAGGAGGCGCUCGGCCACUUGGUCUUCGUUGUCCACUUCUGCUUUGCAUCAAUACUCCAUCGGGAAGGUCCCGCCAGCUCGCAGUUCCCCACCGUGGUCGUUUCGCGCUGACUUUAGGAGAGCAGGAAAGGCGAUCGAUCAUUGAUCAGAAUGACAAGAAAGGCUCGGACGCAGAUCCUUAGACGCGGGACACGAAGCCCGGUGCUGAUGGUCCGUUUGUCGCGUGUUCACCCCUGCGCAGCACAGGUAAAAAUGGUCAUGGUGCCUCAUCUUUCCCGAAGCAAAGGAGCGGACCAAAAUCUCAGAUGAAAUUUUUCGCUCAUACUGAAAACUGCUCUACGAGGAUUGAGAAAGCUUCUCCCGCGCACAAAAUUUAUUAUUUUUCGACUGCUAAGUACUAUGAUCAGCCCGAGGAUUUCUAGUCUUUAGAAGUAGGACACCCACGCCAGUGAACUGGAAGCGACACUGGGAGACACAACACUCAAAUACCUUGACCAAGACGUACAACAAGUGUCCCGAGGUUCCACUUUUAUUUCGCGAUACAGAAUUAUGUCGUGCAGCAGCUCCGCCGGCGGCCGGCGCGACUCCGGCACCGCGACGGAGUCUUCCUCGCGCAGCUCCUUUUGCGGGACCGACUGCCCGUGCGACCAGAAGACCACCGCGUCCCUGACCGACCUGGAGCCCCCGACCCCACUCGACCUGCUCGUCAUCGGCGCCGGGCCGCACGCGCUGUCGCUGCUCACCCGGCUGAUCGACGACGAGCCCGAUUUGAUGACCGAGUUGGAGAGGAGCUACAUCAUGGAGAACAGCAAGCGGUUCCGGUCGUUCACGCAGGUCCGGAAUCACUUGAAGAAAAAAUUUGAAAACACGUCCACCUCCACCCUCGUCGUGGACACGCACGGGCGGUGGAUGGCGCAGUGGGAGGCAGACUUCGACGCGUUCGGGAUCCACCACCUGCGGUCACACGAGCACCUCCACCCGGACCCCCACGACUUCCAAGCCCUCGCCGUGUGGGCGGACAUGCAGCGGCGGGAGGCGGAGCUCCGGGAGAUGCGGUGCGUGGACCGCGACCAGUGCCGCCACAAGGGCUACUACGGGCCCUUCGUCACGCCGAGCACGAAAUUGUUCUUGGACUUCUGCGCGAACGUGGUCGAUCGGUACGGCCUGGGGGACGUCGUGACCAAGGGAACCGUGCAGGAGGUGCGGAUCUUGGAGGAGAAUGAUCUUCUAGACGAGGACCAAGUCAGUACCGCCAGCCCGGAAGAUCUUGAACUAGAUUCUUUGGAAACAAGAACACAACGGCCAAACGGCACGACAACAGAGCCUUCUCCAUCUGCGGCUGGCCUGGCUAAUAAUCCGGCGGGGAUGAAAAAGAACAACAAAAAACUUUCCGAGGUCUUCCUUGCCGACGGCCGAAGAUUCCUCGCAAAGCACGUCGUCUGCGCGAUGGGCCCGGGUCCGGCGUUCCAGGGCAUGCGCGCGACCCUGCCGUGGUGGGCGGAAGGGCUGGAGAAAGCGUUGGCCGCAGCGGGAAAGGACGCGGAGGAGUAUCACAUCGUGGACGAGUUUGACGCGGAGGAUGGAAGGUCGGAGGAAAGUAGCCCAAAGAAAAAUGAUCUCCUUCAAGAUGGACAAAGCCCAACAGCAACCACCAAAGCCAGUACUCGCUCCUCCUCUUCCUCUUCCAAAAUCCCGAUUCCAAUCCCCCACCGCAUGCAGCACUCGCAGGCGCUCAGCAACUGGCUGCGAGAACCGAUUUCCAAACAAGUUUUGGAAAACCGAAAGGUUCUCGUGGUCGGUGGCGGACAAACUUCUGCGCAUUUAGCCCAGCUCGCCCUGGUCCGCGGCUGCGCCGCCGUGACGCUCUGCUCGCGGCGGCAGAUCACGAAGAAGCCCUACGACGUCGACGUCGCGUACGUGGGAUAUCGCCGGCCGCACUUUCUGCAGAAGUUUUGGCAGCUGGAGGACUUUCGGAGGAGAAAAGAGUUCAACGCGAAGCUCCGGGCGGGCGGCAGCAUGUCCGCGGACACCUAUUCGGAGUUGAUCAACAUGUCAUCUCGGUCGAGAAGCUCGUCCGACAAGUUCGACGACGAGGAGGGAGAGAAGAGGCAAAUGGGCUCUUUGGAAUUAACCGAGGAAAACGAGGUGGUUCAGGCACACUGGUGCUCCUCCGACCAAAAAAUCCACAUCCGGUUUGAGGACGGGAAACUGCAAAAAUUCGACUUUGUCUGGCUCGCGACCGGGGGGAAUUUUGAUAUGGAGCUGGUGCCCGUCUUCGCCGCGCUCCAAAAACAACACCCCAUCCCCUGCAUCGACGGCUUGCCGCAGCUCCAACCCGAUCUCCGGUGGGCAAAGGACGUGCCGUUGUACGUGAUGGGCGCGUAUGGAUUGCAAAAAUGUCUGGGUCUGGAAACUUGUAAUGCUGCGCUCGGAAUAAUGAAUGCUCUGUAAUGCACAGCCAAGCAUGAGAAAUAUCUGCGCCUCUUUGUGUUGCGUUUUUCGCAUGACAAACUGCGUUUUUGCAUGACAUGCGAAAGGGUCUCUUCUCGGACACGCAUCACAAAUUUUUUGGUCAUGCCAGACAAGCAUGACAAAUCUCGCAAUCUUCCAGACCCAGACAUUUUUGCAUUUGAUAGCGCGUUUGCGCAGUUGCAGCUCGGUGCCGACGCGCUGAACUUGGCCGGAGCGAGAAGCGGCGGGGUGGUUGUCGCUAGGGCUUUGUUGGAGGCGGGUGUCGGGGGAGGGCAGCAGGCAUCCAGCUCUACUUCUCGUCUUGCGGAUUCCGAGAAGUACGCGAAGAAGAAGGCGGAGAAGGAAAUGAAACGACUGGCAAAGAAGGGCGCGAACCGAAUGGUGACGGGGGGCAGAGUGGAUGAGAACGGCGAGUGGGUCAAGCGGUGCUGUCCCGAUCACGACUGA